GUCUGUUCACCUCCCUUAGCCCACAAAACAAAAAAAACAUCUUCGCACCAAACAACUUGUGUUUGUGUUUGUGGGUGGAGCUGGUAGUAUUAUUCUUCCUUCAUUCACCUCCGGCUACCACUGUACAUACACCCUUCAAAUUAAACAAUUCUCAUUCUCAUUAAAAUCAAUUAUCACCAUAACAAUUAAAUAAAUUAAAUUAAAUUAAAUAAAAUAACUAGUUUUCUUCUGGAAUAUACCCACUAGCAUACUACUUGUGCAAACCAAUAAACUGUAUCAUUUCAAUUAUCAAUCUCAAUUUCACCAACCUAAAUUCCUUCUCAGAUCUACAAUUCUUAUCCUUUUUAAUUCUCAUUACUCUCUCGUCGUUUUGAUCUUAUACUUUGCCGUUUACCUUCAGAUCUGAACAAUAAAAUCUUCCCAAUUUUUAUUUUAUUUUGCGUUUUCAUUACUGUUAUUCUUAUUUUUAUUGUUAGCGUUUUUCUUCACUUCAGAAAACGAAAAAGAGAGAGAAAAAAAAACUCGUUAUCUUCAAUCUCUUCGAUUUCUUCAAUCUUCGUGGCUUAAUCGAAGUCUCCAAUUCAUCGAAAUUCGUUACGAUUUACUAUUUUCCGAUGGAUUUGGACGAUUUCCGAUCUAUAUUACACACGGCGGGCGUUGACGUGUGGAUGUUCAUCGACACGGCGAUCUCCGUCGCUGCGCAGGAUAACGCCGGUGAGCUAAAGAGGAGAAGAGACGGAAUCGUGGAGCGUCUUUACGCGGCUUCGACGGAGGGUAUUCCGAUGUGUCAGAAUUGCGAUGGAGGUCAACGUCUCGUGACAAACGAUAACCAAAUCAAGAAAGAGAACAGUCCUAGCCUGAGUCCGGAACGACAACCGCGCCGCGGCGGAGCUUCUUCUCCUCCGACGCCGCAGUCUGAAGGAAACGAAGACGGUGAAGAUGAGGAGAUAGAUCCGUACGGUGGUUUGUUUGAUGAUGAACAGAAGAAGAUUCUAGAGAUUAAAGAGCUUCUAGAAGAUCCUCAUCAGUCCGAAGACACUUUGAUGGAGUUGCUACAAAAUCUGGUGGAUAUUGAUAUUACAUUCCAAGAGUUGAAGGAAACUGACAUCGGGAGGAACGUGAAUCAGUUGCGAAAACAUCCAUCUAGCGAUGUUCGCCGAUUGGUGAAGCUACUUGUCAAGAAGUGGAAAGAAAUAGUUGAUGACUGGGUGAAGCAGAAUCCACAAAGAGGGAAAAGCACUCUCAUGGCUGAUGGAGACUCUCCUUUGCAGAAAACCACCCCAAAUGGGCAUAAUCAUCAGAUUCCUGAUUUUGCGUACUCUCCAAAUCCACACAAUGGGAGCUCUGGUUCCGACCGUAACACCUCCGAAGCUGAACCAAAACCAAAACCUAAAUCAGUACCUCGCAAAGACCCACCUCCAAAACCAAGGCCAUCACCCCCAGUUACCGCCCCUACCUCUGCUCCUCAAAAUAGACAGAGAGAACAGAAAGAGAGCAAUUUUGAUGCAGAGAGGCUGGCUGCUGCAAGAAAACGGCUUCAAGCGAACUACAAAGAGGCUGAUAAUGCAAAAAAGCAAAGAACAAUUCAGGUGAUGGACAUACAUGAGUUACCUAAGUCAAAAGCAAAGAGUGGUUACUUUGCAAAGCACAAAGGUGGUGGCAGUUCUCAAGGAAGGCAGCACUGGUGAUACAAUGAAUCCAUUGUUCAUGCAAUUUUUCUCAAGUGUAGAAAAAGCUUGUGCUGUGGGGGAUUGGGAUAAUAUAUGUCCUCAAACGUGUUCAUCACUCUGGAUUUUUUUCCCUCGCUAUAAACAUAUUUUUUCUUGUGGUUUUUAUUUACUUAAAUUAAAUAAUCACUGAAGAAAAAAAUUCUCCACAACUUGUUCGUUUUUGAAGGGGGUACUUAUCAAACCUUAUUUUGUUGGUUUGUUGAGGAGCACGUGAUUUCUUUUCAGGAAACAAGAUAGGGAUGACAAAUGUUUUUCGUUUAUUAAAGAUAUGAAAAUGGCAAUUUGAUUUCA